AUGUCGGCCACAACACAAGUAUCCUCUGGCAUCAACCUUGGCGCAGGGCCGACCCUGACUCUGACGGGUGCUGGCGAAGAGAAGCCGACCAGGCCUCUGACGAGGGAUGAGGCCGUAGGCUUCGAGGUUGACUCCCCGGACACAUGGACUGAUUUCCAUAAACGCGUGCACAGGCUCAAGCCUCAGGGCGACUACGACGUCGACAUGAAGAUAUUGGCCUGUGGCGUCUGCGGCAGCGAUCACUACUGCUUCCCCGUGCCGGAGGAGCUCCCCACCACCGUGGCGGCGCCGAUGAUGUGCGCCGGGCUGGAGGACAGGGGCACCGAGGUGUCAACAUGGACGCAGAUCGAGAACGGGUGCCUGAUCGGGGCGUCGCACCUCGGCUCGCGCAAGGAGGCUCUCGAGAUGCUGCGCCUCGCUGCCGACAAGGGGGAGGGGCUCAAGGUCGCGCUCGAGAGGUGUCGUAGGAGUGCAGUUCGGUAUCGCUUCUGUCUGACCGGGUACGACAAGGAGUUUGGUGACGACAUCAAGGACCGCGAGGAUUGA